UCCAAAAGCUUGCAGAGGCUUUAAGAAGAGAACCAGAUAUUUUGCAAAUCUCUCUCUUCCUCGUCACUGCAAAUCUCUCUCUUCCUCUUCUAUUCCUCUCACAAAAUCCCUUGCAAAUCUUAAAAUCAAAGGUGAACAAUGCAGGGAUUAUGGGAGCCACCAUAGUAGAUACCGAUGCUUAUAAAGCUGCAACAGCUUCUGUUAUUCCGGAAGGAACUGAUUGGAAGAAAAUUAUGACUCAAAAUUAUGAGUUAGCAGAAGAAUGCGUGCACACAAACUAUUAUGGUGCUAAACGAACAACUGAAGCGCUUAUUCCACUCCUCCAAUUAUCUGAUUCACCGAGAAUGGUUAACGUUUCAUCUUCCUGGGGCAAGUUAAACUAUAUACCUAGUGACUGGGCUAAAGGAGUUUAGUUAACCUAACAGGAGCGAAUGUUGACUCAGUUUCUAAAAGACUUCAAGGAGGGCUCAAUUGAAAGCAAAGGCUGGCCAGCUUUUACGCCCGGCUAUAUACUCUCAAAAGCAGCAGUGAACGCAUAUACGCGGGUUCUAGCGAAGAAGUACCCCGAUUUUCGCAUCAAUUGUCUCUGCCCCGGAUUUAUCAAAACAGAUCUGAACUUCAAUGCUGGUAACGUGCCUGUCGAAGAAGGUGCUGCAAAGGUUCUGAAGUUAGCAUUUCUGCCCAAUGAUGGUCCUUCUGGCUUCUUCUUUGUUGAGUCUGAAGUAACAGGUUUUUGAUUGAAGAUGAUCUGUAUUAUAUAUGCAAAUGUUGCCAAUGUAUGUGCUUUAUUUGGGCAGUACCUUGAAUAUAUUCGGAACAUUCUUUCUUUCUGUAA